CUCACUCGAGCGCCGAUCGCGCAAGCAACUAGAAAUCCAGCACCCGCGGCUCGUUCCCGUAUUAUUCCAGUUUUCUCACUCGAGAAGAACCGCGAUGUCUCUGGUCCCGACGCGUUUUGAACGGUGCUGAUCGUUCGCCGAAAGAUCGACGACGCUGUCCGCGAGGCACGCGCGUGUCAGGCAUCGGUGUGUUACGUGAAAAGUAUUCCCUUGGUGAACGAUUGUUAGUGGAAACUCGUAAAAGGUCUCCGCGAGUGGCGAAAGGAAAUAGAACAUCGGAGAGUAUUUCGGUGAGGGAAGCAGUUCCGAGAAGCGGCGAGAGAGCACGGUUUCGCGUAAACUCGGCUCCGUUCUGGGACGGCCGAUAGCGGAAACGAACGUAAAAAGAGUAAUACGGGUCGACGGCACAAAGAAGAACAGAUUAGAAUUGCCGUGGCUCGCGGCGACGCGAGAAAAAAGUCUCGGAGAAGAUAGACGGAGAGGAGACCUCGACGCGUUCCCGACGGGCUCGGCCGCGUUCGCUUCUCGUAAUCGAGUGCGAAAUUAAUUAAACGUGACAAACGUGCGCGCCGCUUCGAUAGCGCGAGGCGAGAGAAAAAGCAGGAGCGAUCGCAGCUGAGAACGAAUAGACAAACGGAAGUGACGUGUGUUUCGAACGAUAAAAUGAUCGUCGCGACCGAACGAACGGACGCUCGGUAACGCGAGACCCGUUGGACGAUGAACGCUCGAUGAAUUAGAUUUCGUGCGAUCACACACAGUUCCCUCGAAGAGAAGAAGCGGAAGAAGAAUCGGGAAGAUGAACGACGUCAUGGCGGAGGCAUCCGGGUCUAUUUCGUCGAGUAACGCAGCGACGAAUCCCAGCAGCAACGCCGGUAUCUUGAACAGCAACAAAGCGUCAGCUGUCACGGUUGCUGUGAACGCGAACGGCGGCGAGAGGAUCAGCGCGGCGGUCACCAAAGUUCUCCAGGGGUACGACUGGACCCUGGUACCCGUCGCUACCAAGGGUUCCGGCGAUAAAAGAGCAACGCACGUCAAGAGACCGAUGAACGCGUUCAUGGUGUGGGCCCAGGCAGCCAGGAGGAUACUCGCCGAUCAGUAUCCUCAGCUUCACAACGCGGAGCUCUCCAAGACGCUGGGGAAAUUGUGGCGAUUGCUCUCAGAUAACGACAAGAAGCCGUUCAUCGAAGAGGCCGAUCGUCUCCGCGUGAUUCACAAGCGCGAGCACCCGGACUACAAGUACCAACCCCGGCGCCGAAAGCAGAACGGACCCUCCGGCAGGGAAAGUUCGCCGUCGCGGAACCAAAGCAACAACGUCACGUUCAACGUGUCCAGGUCCUUGAAACAGGAGGACACGAGCCCCAGGGGUGUGCAAGGUCCCAACUCGCCCCAAAGCGGGGUUAGCUCGUCACCUCCGACUACCCCUAAUCAAGGCUUGUCCCCGCCGACUCCUCCUACUACGCCUCGUGGACAGCAUUACGUCAAUCAGGGGAAUCAGCCGCAACCGAGCGGCACGGUGUACCAGCCAGAUUUGGCGAUCGGUUCGUCGAGCGAGUCGCCGCAUCAGCAGCAACCCGGUGCCGAUUUCCGGUACAUGGAAGUCGGUGACGGACUGCCGAUCGAGGAGGGUCAGCUGAACGGGCUCGGAAGCCUGGGCGGCGUUGGUCUUAUUCCAUUGAAUCUGCAGGAGUGCGAGGUCGAGAGCAACGAGCUGGACCAGUAUCUCCGUCCUCAGAUACCACCGGUGCACGUGGCUCCAACCACCACCACCUCCUCCCAGUGGAUAUUCAACAGAUACGACGAGGAGAUCGAGAGACCGAACAAGCGACACUGCUCGGAGCAGGCAAUCGCAGAGGCUUCUUGGGAGGAUCGAGCGCAGGCGGACAUAGUCAGAUACCACGAGCUUCAACCGCCUCUCCCUUCCAUGCAAUACAUAUCCUCCUCCCAUAAUCCGCACUAUUCCCACGCGAGCACGCAGAUGAGCCACCCCCACGUAUCCACGUCCUACGCGCAGUACCAACGUUACGUACCUGGCAUCGAAACCUGGCCGCACUAUAUGUAGGGACGCGCGUGACAGCGCCUCGGCCAAUUCGGUCUGCGGCGUCAGUUCGACGGAGAUCGGAUUCGAGAACGUUUAAUUUGUCGAACCCGAUCGAAGAGCAUGCGUGUGUGUGUCUGUAUGAAACGAAUUUUUUGGUGGCGAACCGCGGUCGAAUCGGCGCGGUGAGAAAAGCGCGCAGAGCCACGAUCUUACUCCAUGACAUCAUUCCAUGACAGCCGGCCAUUCCAAAGCGCAGAAUUUCAGGCUAAACAAACAGGCCGCUCGAUACGGUGCCCCGCCGCGUGAUCUAAAUAUAAUAAUAUAUGUAUACGGCGGGUGAAGUAUAAACUGGCCGCACUGCGAACGUGCCGGCACGCUCUUCAAAUAAACUUGCGAAAUUCGAUCGGUCGUAGACCAGACGAAUAAUCGAGGAGGUCACAAUGUAAUGAACGUGCGAGGGCAGGACGGCGGAUCUCGUCGCUCCUUCGGAUGUGCGCGGGUGUACGUUUCGAGCGGCGAUCGAAGAAGCACGCUGUAGAUCGGUAAUUAACGCAGAGGAUACUAACAAAACACCGUAAUCGAUAGUCGUGCUUUUGUACUUACAAAAAUAAAACUAUUGCAUUGUUACGUACCUAUAUCUAUUUAUCGCGCCGCCUAUAUAAGACAAAGUGUAGAGCGUGUAGAAUCAGAUAGCGCGCGAAUGAAAACUCUAAUUUAUAAGUACGACGGUAUAUUUGAAAGUUUCUAGGAAUA